AUGCGGACAAGAGGACUACUUUUAAAACGGCCGCUGUGUUUACUAUAUAUUAAAUUUAAAUAUAGUCAUCAAGUAAAUUGGAAAAAUGUGGGUGAAAAAGUACUUUUGGAUACGACUAAACAACAAUAUGGUGACCUUGCUAUGUUUUGUUUCUAUUUAUAUGAAGGUACAAUAACAAUAGAUGAAUGGUCAAAUAUUGCAUAUGAAUUAAGUAAAACAAAACAAUAUGAAAAAUUAGCUUAUUUAUUAUCGUAUUUGCAUAAGAAAAGUGGUUUAAAACUUUUAUUAACUAAUGAUAGUUAUAUUUCUUGUUUUACAAAAUUAUUAACAGCAUCAGCAACGAUAUCGUUAGAUGAUUGGCUCAGUUAUGUGUGUCUCUCAACAGAUAUUGAAACAAUUACUGUUCGAUUAUCAUUUUUUCAUACAUAUCAAUAUUCAUCAUGGUUAAAAUAUAAACAAGAUUAUAUUGCAUCAAAACAAUACUAUAAAGUUAUGUUAUGCCAUAAAAUGGGGGUGCAAUUAUUUGAUAAUGAUGAUACGUCAUGA